AUGGAUCGUAAACGUGUAAUAGAUCAUUUAAAAUGUCCCCUUUGUUCAGACUUUUUUGAAAAUCCGAAACAAUUACCGUGUGGACACAACAUAUGUGAAAGAUGUUUAAAGUGCCAUAUAACCCGGACAGUUCCAAUGAUCGGAUAUAAUAUUUUUGACUUUCUAGAUGGAAACAAUCCGGAUAUCAAACCUUCAGAACAAAGUUUCAAAUGUCCAUUCGAUGGUGAAAAAUUAACUCCGCAAGAUCCGAACCAGGAAGUGGGUAAAUGGGCGUAUCAAUUUGAAAACAAUCUAAAAAUAGUAACACUUAUAGACAUAUGCAGAGGGAAAGUAAGAUGUCUAAUAGAAGAGUGUGAUAAUUGCAUUGAAGUGUCCCAGAAAGUAGCUGCAACGUCUGUUUGCUUCACAUGUAUCGAGAAAUAUUGUGUGAAGUGUGCUUUUAUCCACAGACACACUCAUUCAAAUGACUUGAUGUUUAAUUUAUCGGCAAUUCAGAGUGUUCUGAUUGAAAACCCGUCUGCUGUAAGUCCUUUGAUCAAUUGUACAGCAAAUGAGACUUGCAAGAUUCAUCUUUUCUCUGAAAUGCAUCUGUAUUGCUCAGAUUGCAAUGAAAAAUGCUGUAAAAAGUGCCAGCAGACGAUACACAGCGAAUGUCAACACGUGUCAAAACUGGCUGGUGAAUACACGGAGUAUCAAACGAAUGGUACUUUGACUAAACUUGUUGACCGUUUUAAGGAAGUCUCAGACCAGACAUCAGAGAUACUGAAAAACGACCUUGACCUCUUAGAUAACGUACAAGAAUUGGCUCAGUCUGGCAACGAGACAAAGAAUAUUCAGUUUGAUGAUAUGAUAAACAAUCUGCGUUGUCAAAUAACUCGCUGGGAAGUGCAUUAUGAGCAUGUGCAGAGGUCUUUGAAACAAGUAGAAAAUUAUAUAGCUGCACCCGCUGGAGCGAACGCACAUGGUAUCAUCCAAAUCGGAAUCGAAUGUCAGCAGUUGGAAAAAGAAAUUGAUUAUCACAAGAAACUUGAAAUGGACAAUUCUGUCAGACUUAGAAAAUUCAGAGAUGCUUUGGAAAGACAAAAGCACGAAGAUGCAAGAAAGCGCGAAAACAAAAACAAAUAUGGAAAGAAAGCGAAAUUGCCAAACAAAAGUAACAAAAACGAUGCAAAACUAGACAAUGUCGACUUUGAAAAGCUUUUGAAAUUCAAAACAGAAGACAAAAUCGUGGACAUCACUCAAAAGGUCAAGUUGGUUGAAAAGUUUAAUAUGAAGUCCGAUGAUGAUACUGAAGAUUGCUGGCUAACUGAUUGCUUGUUUUUAAAUGUCAGCUUCAUCGUUGCAGUGGACAAUGCAAAUAAAUGCAUUAAAUGGAUACUGGAAGAUAGAAAAGUGAACAAACUCGUGUUACAGUCUGGUCCACAGUGUAUAGCUGUUAACAUUGAACAGGGUCAUAUAGGGUGUGUAACCCUUCCCCAUGAUAAAACAAUACAAUUGUUUUUUAUCGAAGAUAGUAUGAUAUAUCUGACACAACAACUCGUGACAAAAGAACAGUGUUAUGGUGUAGACUUUGCUGGCAGUAACAUUGUUGUCUCUUGUACAGAUCAUUCGAGAUCUUCGGUCAAAAUCCUAAGUAUGAACGGUGUUGAAGUGAGACGUAUUUCUUGCAGUGUCGACUUCCUGAAAGAAAGGCUGUUUUGUGAUCCGCGUUACGUAACCGUACAACAAAGUGGGGAAGAAGUCAAACUCUACGUCACGGAUUUCCGCUUAUGUAAUGUCACGUGUUUAUCACUUGAGGGAAUACUAGGCCAGAUGACUACAGAAAGACUAAUUCACAAUAAAAUGGGUUUUCCGCUAGGGUUGGACAUGGACGUCGAUGGAAACAUAUUAGUCUGUUGUAAUUCAAUGGGAAGUGUACAUCAGAUUACUAACGGUUCCGAACGGCAACACAGGCUAUUAGUACAGUCCCUUUAUCAACCAAGGGCUGUUUCUGCUCUCAAGAGAGGGAACAUGUUUAUUGUUACAUCAGACUCUGGGCCCUACAAAAACCAUGUGCUUGUUCAUGAAUUCAUAUCUAAAGCUUGCUAA